UUCAUGUGACGCAAGAGUAUUGGUGUGACAACAUAAACGUAUGUAAACAAUAUUCUAGAAUAUCCUGGUGUAGAAACUCGGACAGUUGACGAAUUUGCGAACGUUUUAUUUUAAAACAUACUGAUUAAGAUUUAAACUUUUUUUUUCUGAAGCUGCAGAUACUGUUUUGUUUACAAUGGCUGGUUAUCCUACUUCACCAAAUGGACAGUUUCUUCCUCCACCAACAUCUCCAUGUUAUUCACCCCGAACACCACCGCCUCAGAGAGUUAAUAUUCCCCCUGCCGCAAAUUAUGUCCCUCCAUCUACUUCCCCUUAUCCAGUUGGUGGUCUUCAGGGCACAUUAUCAUCUGUAUCAAAAGAAUUUAGUGGCGUUUUAAAAGGAUUAACAAAAGUUGGUACUAAAGCUCUAAAUAAGGUUUUAGAUCAUCCAACAUUGGAGAAUAUUAAAAGUGGGAAUGUUGUACAAUUUAUAUCUCGUAUUACUGGGCAGUCUCUUCAGAUACUUCAAACCCCUGAAGGUCGUUUAGUUUUAGAUAGCCGGGGAGGAGAUGGCCAUCAAUUUCAUAAUGCACAUUUUACUGUUGUUCAAGAUAGAGAUGGCUACAUUAUGCUUCACAAUAAUUUUAAUUAUUUAGCAAUAAAGGAUGGAGUACCUCAACUUUAUUCUGCUGGACCUGCUGGUCUUCCUACUCCUGAAUGUAGGUUUAAAAUUCGUGAAGUUUUGAUGCAUAAUCAAUUUAUUACUAUUGAAAGUGUUUCUGAAAGAGGCAGAUAUCUUGCUAUUAUGCCCAAUGGUCAGAUGAAAUCUGCCAUUGCCACAAGUGGAGCUGAUCAAGAUACUCAUUUUGCAGUUCGAUUAAUUUUUACACCACAUGCUAAACCUACCAAGGCAUAGACUCUUUUAUAUGGAAUGGUUCCAUUUCUUGAUUCUUCUGCAGCUUUAAAGAUGUUCCAUAGUACAGUUGUUACAAGCCAUUUGUGAUAUAUUGUAAGAUUCAAUCUUCUAUCACUAGCUCAACUUGUAUGAUAAUUGUAUAAUUAGGGUUUCUUUCUGUCUUCCUUUCUAAAGAGAAUUAUAUUUUUCUUAAAAUGCAUGAUGUGUAAAGUUUUAAAGAAAUGUUUAUGUUGAGAUUAUCUUAUGUUAUCUAAUUCUGUAUGCAUAUUAUGUUUCAGUGGAGAGAUUAUAUUUAGUUAAUAUGUUUGAUUUGAACAAGAAAUGAAUUAUUACUUUUGUUUAUUUACUUUAAUUAUAUUUAGAGAUUGUAUAUUUUUGCGGUAUAGAGAAUUUAAAGGUGUUUUUUUUUUUUUUUUUUCAAAUUGUGAUAUAAUACAAAAUUAUAAAAAAUUGUAAAGUGAGAUAUACAAACAAAAAUGACCUUUUAAAAUAGUCUUCAGAAAAGGAGUAGGUUAAAUUUUUAAUUCUAAUUCAAAAUGUGUUGCAUUAGUAACCAGACCAGCAAACAAUGCACAAUUUAAUCUUGUUUUCAAUAGCAUUAAAAUAAAUUGUCGAUGCAUCAGCAUUAAGCCUGUCAGAAAGAUGCCGUCAAGACUGGUCCAUUAAGUGCUGGUGCUUAAUCACAUUGUAAAAUUAUAUAUAAAAAAAUAUAACUGGUUUAUAUUUAUUUUUUGGCAACAGGAUAUUUGAAGCAGUAUUCUUAUUUGUCUUCAUUAUCACACAUAGUCAUUCUCUGAAACACUUGAUUUAGUUUUAAAAUAUUUUUUUUUUAAUUACUGAUUGGCAUAUGUUUACAUUUUGUAGAUACAUCAUUUACAUCAAAAAUACAUUAAAUGAGGAAAAAAUAUGCACAAUUUAAUUUGAAAGUUUAGCAUCUUGUUACUAAUGCCAUUUUUAUACCAUUAAGAUAUACAACAAAAAAAAAAAAAAAUAGAAUCAAAUUAUCUUUGAACUUGUAUUUACCAUGUUUAUAAUACCAUAAAGUGCACUUAUUGCAGAUUUAACAAUGAAAACAUCGACUAUUUUCUGUCAUUUUUCGUUGUCUCUUUUCAGAUAUAAAUUGAACAGAAGUUUCAUUGUUAUCUGUUGCAACUUAAAAUACCUUUCUAUGUUUAUUUAUAUAUAUAAUUAACAUCUUACUAUGAAAUGAAGCAAAUACAGCUAUUUCAAACUUAUUGUGAUUUAUUUCUAGCAACAGUACAAAUUUCGCUUUGAUGCUUAUUCCAUAUUUAAAUAUUGUAAUGAAUAUAUGACAAAUUUGUUUUACUUACAAGAAUUUCUUUAUUCUUUAAUGGAAUCUUGUCUUAUAUUUUGUUUUUAUAUUAAAUGUCUUAAAAUUAAUUUAUCAGUGUUAAUCCUUUACUAUAUCUAACAUUUAUCUGCUUUAUCUUUUUAUUAUUCUUAGCAUUCCUUAGCAAAAUAUGUAUACUACAGUUAUCAAAUAAACACCCUCUAUUUUUGAAAGUGAUAAUAGCUUUUAAAUUUUUUUUAUUGAACUUCGAAGAAAGUAUCUGUCCAGAUUUGUUGUUUAAAUGUGAUAAAAUAGGACAUUUAUAUAGCCUGUAAUCUAAAUGUUUGAGAGGAAAUUUUAUAUUGAAUUAUGAGCUAGAAUUUCAACUAUUUGUUGAGAAAAGCUUUAAAAAUGUGUGGAAUGCUGACGUGUGAUUGAAAUUUAUUAAUCCAAUUUGAACUUGAGAGCAUAGGAUAUGAUUCAAAAUUAUUUGGAAAAUUUCAUAAUGCUAUUUAAUUUCUGUACUUUUAUUGUAUUAAAUACUGUGCAUUCAUAUGUGAAUCUUAGUUUCAAAUAUAUUCUCAGGGUAGAAUAAGCUAUUUUUAUGGUUAUUUGUUUUAGAGAAGAAAAGUAACCAAAGUAAUUUUAUUGUUAUUUUAACUAAUAAUUUUGUUAGUUGUGACUUGCACUUUUUAAAUUUUAGGCAUUGUUAUUGAUGCAUUUAUUUUAGAUCUUGAGAUUUUUCCCUUGCUUGUGAGUACAGGAGUUAGAAAAUGAAUGUCUAUUUAAAAUUUUAUUUCUCUGUGUGUUGACUUUUAAUCUUUUAAAGGUAUCUAUCAAUGUUAUAGAAAAUAUUGUAUUUUAUUUUACAUAUUUGUUAAUAAAAUAUUUGUCAAGAA